AUGUCACUUUUAAAGUAACUAAACGAUGCCGGUAUUAUGUGCUGGUUUGAAUCAAAAAAGAACAGUAAUUGUUUCGCUACUGCAACCCGUCCAUCCUUUAAUAUAACUGAAUAAACAUCUUAAAACCCAACUCCCAAGCUUUAAAUAUUCACAUUUGAUGUAGCAGACAAGAAUUUAGAACCAACCCUAUUAGGAAAAACAUACAUAUAAUAGAAUGCAACAUCAAUAACAUGGACAACAUUUGGAGAAGACUCAUCCUAACAUCCGUUCGGUCUUAUAAUAAUAGGAACAGAAGACGGAUCUGUAAUAAUAUAUGAUGCACACUAAAUAAUUCAAAGUUACAAAAGAGGAGAGCAUGAAAAAUAAGUUGAAAUUGGAAAACUUGCUCACAUAAAAGAAUAUAAUACUCCCGUAAAUACUAUAGAAUAUAAUUCCUUAAAACCUAAUCUUAUAGCCAUGGGGGCUGAAGACGUCCUUGUAGUUGACAUAUCAAAAGACGUCACUAACCCCGACAUAAUAUCUCCAGGAGAACCAAACUACCACGAAGGAUCAAUAAUAACAUCAAUUUCUUGGAAUAAAAAAGUUCCCCAUAUUCUUGCAUCUGCUUCCAAUAAUGGAGUAGCAGUAGUUUGGAAUUUAAAAACUUCCCAAGUAAGUUUCCAAAUAAACGAUAAUAGUAAUUUUUAAUUGCAAUCAUAAUCUUAAAAAAGACACUUAUCCCUAGCCUGGAACCCAGAAAUUCCUUUAUAAUUCGCUAUCACUUAUGAUGACGAGAAAAAACCAGAAUUACAAAUUUGGGAUUUAAGGCAUCCUUAAGGACCUGUCAUUUUAUUAGAAGAAGGACACACUAAAGGAAUUUAAACAUUAACUUGGUGCACUUCUGACCCUUCUCUGAUAAUUACAGCAGGAUUAGAUAAUAAAGUAGUUUGCUGGAAUGUUAAAAACAAAUAAAUAGUCUCUCAAAAUUUACUUGAUUAUGAAAUUAUUAACGCUUAAUGGUCUAAAAUACCUUCGGUUUAUAGCAUUGUUUCAUCUUCUGGUUAAAUACAAGUUUUAACUCUUAAUUCAGAUAGUAUAACUGCUUAUCCACCUAAAUGGUAUUAACCACCUGUUGGAGCUACUUUUGCACCAAAUGGAAAUAUAUUAUACUUUAGUGAAAAUACAUAAUAAGAAAUUAAAUAGAAAAUAUUAUAAAAAGCAUAAAUUUCUCAAGAACUUUAAGCAGCUUUAUAAGAAUUAGAAAUAGUAAUAGAUGAUACAAACCCUUCCUAUUUAUGCGAAUGGAAAUUUUAAAGAAUACCCACCGAAGAUACAUUCGAAUAAGAUUAAUGGCAAGAGGAAGUUUUCUAAACAGAACUAGUUUCAAAAAACAUAAAUUGGGAUUCAGGUAUAGAACGAAUUAUUAAGGAAAAUAUGAUUAUUGGAAAUUACGAAGGAACAAUUGAUUGUGCUUUAAAAUGCGGAAGAGUUGCUGAAGGACUGCUUAUUGCUUAUAGUAAAGGCGAAUAAGCGUUCAAAGCUACCAUGGAUGAAUAUUUUACAUUUUAAACUGAUUCUUUUAUCAAACAAGUUUUCCGAAAUCUCAUUAAGGACGACAUAAAUGGCCUUUCGGAACACUACGAUCUCAAAAGUUGGAGAGAAUGUGCCGGGUUAGCAAUAACUUCUGCUAAAAACAACCAAGAAUUUCAAGAAAUAAUGAACAAACUUGGCGAAAGAUUCAUAGACGAAAAAAAAGACUUCUAAUCAGCAGUCUGCUGUUUCAUUUUAGCUUAAAACUUCCCUAAACUAACUUAAAUGUAAGCAUAAUUACCUCAAAUGUAACCUAUGAAAUUUAAGUAAUAAGAAUAUUAUUACUGGACCUCCCCCACCAGUCGUUAAUAGUUAAUAAAAAACAUCUAAUAUAAGUAAUGUUGA